AUGGCGGCCACAGCAGCUACGCCAACUGACCUGACACAACGGGCUCGCAAGCUUAUCGACGAGGUGCAUACGUUUCGAGCCGAGCUGGACCAGUACAAAGCUUCCAACAGCAAAUCCAAUGAUGAAACAUGUCCACUCCAGCCCGACCUCAGCUAUGAAAUCGUGGAUGCCUCCAAAGCGCUCGUCCAUGAUCUCACCGAGUUGUACUACUAUUGGAUGGAUGUUGCGUCGGGUUAUAUGGAAACGCAAGCAUUCGAGGUCUUCAUGCGCCUUCGACUGCACGAGAAGCUACCUGACUGUGGCGAUAUUUCUGUACAAGAGCUUUCCACCGCUGUGGGAGUCGACGUACAGCGACUCGGGCGCAUUCUUCGUCUGCUCGUUCUGCGUUUUUGCAUUACCCAAACUCGACCGGGCUACUUUGCACACGGUGCAGCAUCUAGAUGGCUAGUUCGCAAUGGUAGCGUGGCGGCUUACGUGGAGACUGCCCUGGACAUCUUCCAGAAGGCAGCGACAAGCUUAGCAGACACUAUCCUUCUCGAUCGUCCUGGAGAGAUCGGCGAUGGAACUUCUUUUACGACCCGAUUUGGGGAAGACCUUUAUUCGUACUGGAAAAAACACGAGAGCAAGAUGCAACGUUUUCAAAUGGGGAUGCACGAUAGACGCCUGGUGCAGGAGGCAGUGAACUCGUAUCCCUGGGAUGUGCUCCAAGGUAAAGUGGUUGACGUCGGAGGCGGCAAUGGACAGAUCGCCGUCCAGAUCGCUUUGCUGAAUCCACACCUUGACUUCGUCGUCCAGGACACCUUUGUCAACGACGACCGAGUGAAGUUGGUGAACAGCCUUGGACUUGAAGGCCGUGUGCGCUUUGAAGUACACGACUACUACCAGCCCCAAAGCAUUACCGACGCGUCCGUAUUCUUCAUCAAGCACUGCUUGCAUAAUAAUGAUGAUCAAAACUGCAUCCGCAUCCUCAAAGCCCUAGUUCCAGCGUUGGAGAACAGUCCGACCAACCCGGUGUUGCUUGUGUCCGAAUAUGUACUCCCUGAAGAGAAUGACACGACUGUCUCGCGUGAGCUGGCAAGGCAGCUACACAAUUGCGACGUGGCGAUGAUGGUGUUAUUUAAUGCCAUGGAACGCACUGCGUCACAGUAUCAGGCAUUGCUGACUGCGGCUGAUCCCCGACUGAAGAUACUGAAAGUACACCAUGUCGGCAAUGAUCGCUUGUCGACCAUGGAGAUUAGACUAGAUAAGAGCUUGCCCAAGAACACUGUCGAUGGAUAG